AUGACAACGUCACUGCUGCUCCGUCCUCCUCGCUGCUGGCUCGACCCUUCGGGGAUGUUCCUCUACGACAGUGGCGGUUCCGAUGAAGUGAGCAAGAACAUGGAGGGCGGUUUCGCGGGCGGCAACUUCGCGGCAAGCCAGUGCAGGAAUCUGAUGGCGCACCCGGCCUCGCUGGCGCCCAGCGCGGCGGCGUACCCGUCCGCCGCCGACGUCCCCGCCAGCAGCGUGCAGGGCGAGCCGGUCAAGCAGUGCAGCCCCUGCUCGGCCUCGCAGAAUUCCUCCAGCGCCUCCCUGCCUUACGGCUACUUCGGAGGCGGCGGUGGCUACUAUCCGUGCAGGAUGGCGGCGCACCACGGCGGGAUCAAGCCGUGCGGGGCGCAGCCCCCCUCCGCCUACAUGCAGGACGCGUCGGCUGCCCCCGGGCCCGGGGACGACUUCGCCUCCCGGGCCAAGGAAUUUGCCUUCUACCCCACCUACCCGUCAGGCCCCUACCAACCUGUACCCAGCUACCUGGACGUCCCUGUGGUGCCCGCUCUCGGGGCGCCUUCGGAGGCCAGGCACGAGCCCGCCUUGCUGCCCGUGGAGAGCUACCAGCCGUGGAGCCUGGCCCCCAACGGCUGGAACGGCCAGCUCUACUGCGGCAAAGAGCAGCCUCAGUCCGGGCACGUGCAGUGGAAGUCUUCGCUGCCAGACACAGUGUCCUUGCACUCAGGAGGCGACUCGAGCUCGUACAGGCGUGGGAGGAAGAAACGCGUCCCGUACACUAAAGUGCAACUGAAAGAACUGGAACGGGAAUACGCUGCUAACAAAUUUAUCACCAAGGACAAACGCAGGAGGAUUUCUGCCCAGACCAACCUGUCCGAACGGCAGGUGACGAUUUGGUUUCAGAACAGACGCGUCAAGGAGAAGAAGGUGGUCAACAAAUUGAAACCUGUCAGCUAGUUCCACCAACACACACUCACACACACUGGAGAGUGGAUUGGAACUGCAUUCAUUUGUUGGUUGGUGAUUUCCUUGGAGCUUUUUGGGACAAAAACAGCCACUUUGUUACCCAAGAAGGAGAAAUAUCAUUGAACUUCCAUCUAUUUGGUGCUUCCACCUUUUUAUCUGCAACUUUUAACGAGAGUGAUAAAAAUACAAAGAUCCGCAGGAAACGACGCCAUUUCGGAUUUGGACCUUGGGAAUGUUAAAUAUUAAUCUCCUCGAUCAUUUUUUUUUUUUUUUUUUCCAUUUUACAUGUUUAGCUUGUAGUGCUUGCUGUUCAUAACCAUCUCCAUGGUGCAAUUCUGCAAUGCUCAGAUAAUCUUCUGGGAUAUAUUAUGUGUUGAUGUUGUGCAUAUAGCUUUUAUAAUGUGUGACUUAUAUAUAAAGUCAAUUCGAGCAUGAUGUCAAGUUAUGUGUGUCCGUGCCAAUAAAGUGUGUAAAGUUUGGUUGAAAUGCAUCUAAAAUUGUUGAGAUCAGACUCUUGAAUAUGUCGACGUAACGUUUUUCUUUGGGAUUUUGGAUCUUGUGGUCAACUUGAACGUGAACGUGUCAUGUGGAAUUGCAUCAUAUUGGAAUGCUUUUACGAGGAUUGAAAAUCUUUAAAACAUGUGAAAAUGUGUGACGUACAUUUAGAUUGUGAGGAAGAUUUUGAACGGAAAUGUAGUUUAACACUGCCAUCUAGCGACCAUUUUUGUGACUAACACAAUCAUGUAAAUCAACGGUCCUAACCUUGCAUUACUUAAAGUAUCCCAUUGUUUCUCUUCAUAAUGCUGUGUAUUAUCUAUUAUGAUAGAAAAAUGUAGUGAGAAUAGAGGUAUGUGCAGUGAAAUUUAGAAAUGAUCUAAUUCGCAUGCUUAUUUACGGUACAAAAUAAUUGAAAAUACCCCAUGGUUUUUGUUUUUUCCUCUCAAUUGUGUCUUUGCUUCUCACAGACUCGAUAUUGAUCAUCCAAAUGGAAUUUUCUGUAUAUUUUCA